GUUUCAAACUUGGAAAAGGCUGGAAUCCUGAACAAAACCAAGGUGUCUGAAAACGGGAAGAAAAUUAGGAAGAACUGGAGUAAUUCCUGGACGGUUCUCCAUGGAGGAAUACUGACAUUCCAUAAGGAUCCAAAGUCACCAGUUGGAGCAUCGGGCAAAACCAAUCAGAUAGUCCCAGAAUUCACAGUGGAACUGAAAGGGGCAACAAUUAACUGGGCAACCAAGGACAAAUCAAGCAAGAAAAAUGUUUUGGAACUUAAGAGUCGCACUGGCGUGGAGUACCUGAUCCAGUACGACACUGAGAGCAUCAUCACUGACUGGUAUAAGAUCAUCACAGACACCAUACGCCAGCUGGAUGCCGAACAGCAGCACUCUGAGGAUGAGGAGGAAGUCGUUGAGAAGUCCUCAAGCUUAGACAGAGAGGACAGACCCUUCGACAAAAGAACUAUGAGCAAUGGUAGUGCUUCAAAUGAGUCUUAACCCUCUAGUAUAAGUGUAAUAAGUGUAACUUUUUAUUUUUUAUGUAGAGUAAGU